UGUAGAUUUGAAGAGUAAAAUGUGAAGGCGCCGUGACCGGUCUACAUCCUCAAGGAGCCCACCCGGGUGUGGAAGGCUGGGAUUGCGAAAGAGAAGAGAUUGCUACCACAAUGAACCUGAGCAAUACUGAGGGUUUUGUGCCACACACCAAAAGGGACUGAAGGUUUACGAGCACAAAAACAGUAGUCAAUGAGACAGACAAAAGGACUGGGCCACCAAAAAGCAGCGCACUUGCCACUCUGGCCACCAUGCGUAAAGGAGUGCUGAAGGACCCAGAGAUUGCUGACCUCUUCUACAAGGAUGACCCAGAAGAGCUUUUUAUCGAUUUGCAUGAAAUCGGACAUGGGAGCUUCGGAGCCGUGUACUUUGCAACAAAUUCUCACACCAAUGAGGUGGUUGCAGUUAAGAAAAUGUCCUACAGUGGGAAGCAGACCCACGAGAAAUGGCAAGACAUUCUUAAGGAAGUUAAAUUCUUACAGCAGCUGAAGCACCCCAACACCAUCGAAUACAAAGGUUGCUAUUUAAAAGAGCACACUGCUUGGUUGGUGAUGGAAUACUGCCUAGGUUCAGCCUCUGACUUGUUAGAAGUUCAUAAGAAACCACUUCAGGAAGUGGAAAUUGCUGCUAUCACUCACGGUGCCUUGGAGGGGCUGGCCUACCUCCACUCUCACUCCCUGAUCCAUAGGGACAUUAAAGCUGGGAAUAUCCUCCUCACAGAACCAGGACAGGUGAAGCUGGCUGACUUUGGAUCCGCCUCCAUAGCCUGUCCUGCCAACUCCUUCGUGGGGACACCAUACUGGAUGGCCCCAGAGGUGAUCUUAGCCAUGGAUGAAGGGAAGUAUGAUGGGAAAGUUGACAUCUGGUCGCUCGGCAUCACCUGUAUAGAACUGGCGGAGCGGAAGCCCCCUCUCUUCAACAUGAACGCCAUGAGCGCCCUCUACCACAUUGCCCAGAAUGACUCCCCCACGCUACAGUCCAGGGAAUGGACCAACUCCUUCAGGAGAUUCGUUGAUUACUGCUUGCACAAAAUACCUCAGGAAAGACCAGCCGCGGUGGAAUUAUUGCAGCACGACUUCAUUCGGAGGGAGCGACCACCACGGGUCCUCAUUGACCUCAUACAGAGGACAAAAGAUGCUGUCCGAGAGUUGGACAACCUGCAGUACAGAAAAAUGAAGAAGAUCCUCUUCCAGGAGACUCGGAACGGACCCUUGAAUGAGUCGCAAGAAGAAGAAGAAGACAGUGAGCAUGGGAGCAACCUGAACAGGGAGGUGGACAGCCUGGGCAGCAUCCACUCCAUCCCCAGCGUGUCGGUGAGCACAGGCAGCCGGGGCAGCAGUGUGAACAGCAUACAGGAAGUCAUGGACGAGAGCAGCCCCGAGCUCGUCAUAAUGCAGGAGGAUGAGGGCCCCGUCAACUCCAGCUCCUCCAUGGUGCACAAGAAGGAUCAUGUAUUCGUAAGGGAUGAGGCGGGCCACGGCGAUCCCAGGCCUGAGCCGCGGCCUACCCAGUCAGUUCAGAGCCAGGCCCUCCACUAUCGGAACCGAGAGCGCUUUGCCACGAUCAAAUCCGCGUCUUUGGUUACACGGCAGAUCCACGAGCAUGAGCAGGAGAACGAGUUGCGGGAACAGAUGUCAGGUUAUAAGCGGAUGCGGCGCCAGCACCAGAAGCAGCUGAUCGCCCUGGAGAACAAGCUGAAGGCUGAGAUGGAUGAGCACCGUCUCAAGCUCCAGAAGGAGGUGGAGACGCAUGCCAACAACUCAUCCAUCGAGCUGGAGAAGCUGGCCAAGAAGCAAGUGGCUACCAUUGAAAAGGAGGCGAAGGUAGCCGCAGCAGAUGAGAAGAAGUUCCAGCAACAGAUCCUGGCCCAGCAGAAGAAGGACUUGACAACUUUCUUAGAGAGUCAGAAAAAGCAGUACAAGAUUUGCAAGGAAAAAAUAAAAGAGGAAAUGAACGAGGACCACAGCACACCGAAGAAGGAGAAGCAGGAGCGGAUAUCGAAGCAUAAAGAGAACCUGCAGCACACGCAGGCUGAGGAGGAAGCCCACCUGCUCACCCAGCAGAGACUCUACUACGACAGAAACUGCCGCUUCUUCAAGCGGAAAAUAAUGGUCAAGCGCCAUGAGGUGGAACAGCAGAACAUUCGGGAGGAACUAAAUAAAAAGAGGACCCAGAAGGAAAUGGAGCACGCUAUGCUGAUCAGGCAUGACGAGUCCACCCGAGAGCUAGAGUACAGACAGCUGCAUACACUGCAGAAGCUCCGAAUGGAUCUGAUCCGGUUACAGCACCAGACGGAGCUGGAGAACCAGCUGGAGUAUAAUAAGAGGCGGGAGCGGGAGCUGCACCGGAAGCACGUCAUGGAGCUUCGGCAACAACCGAAAAACUUAAAGGCCAUGGAAAUGCAAAUUAAAAAACAGUUUCAGGACACUUGCAAAGUACAGACCAAACAGUACAAAGCACUCAAAAAUCACCAGUUGGAAGUCACUCCAAAGAAUGAGCACAAAACAAUCUUAAAGACACUGAAAGACGAGCAGACGAGAAAACUGGCCAUUUUGGCAGAGCAGUAUGAACAGAGUAUAAAUGAGAUGAUGGCUUCUCAGGCGUUACGGCUAGACGAGGCGCAGGAGGCAGAGUGCCAGGCCUUGAGACUACAGCUCCAGCAGGAGAUGGAGCUGCUCAACGCCUACCAGAGCAAAAUCAAGAUGCAGACGGAGGCCCAGCAUGAGCGCGAGCUGCAGAAGCUAGAGCAGAGGGUGUCUCUACGCAGAGCGCAUCUUGAGCAGAAGAUUGAAGAGGAGCUGGCCGCCCUACAGAAGGAACGCAGCGAGAGAAUCAAGAUUCUCCUGGAAAGACAAGAACGAGAGACGGAGACUUUUGACAUGGAGAGCCUCAGAAUGGGAUUUGGGAAUUUGGUGACAUUAGAUUUUCCUAAGGAGGACUAUAGAUGAGAUUAAAUUUUUUUGCCAUUUACAAAAAAAAAAAAAAAAAAUGAAAAAAAGAAAACAAAAAAAUUCAGACCCUGCAAAACUACAUUCCCCAUUUUAACGGGCGUUGCUCACUUCACUCUCUCUCUCUCUCCCUCUCUCCCUCUCUCUCUCUCUCUCUCUUCCUGACAUCGUGUCGGACUAGUGCCUGUUUACUCUUACUCCAUCAGGGGCCCUUUCCUCCCCCUGUGUCAACUUUCAAUGCUGGCCGGCCCGGCCGCCCCUACUGUCCACCAGCCACACCCAAGUACCGGUGUGGCUCACCGAUGUUCUGUUGAGAACCUUGGAGGUGGUUCUAGAGUCAGUCAACCAACAAACGGCGAUGGAACACAGAUGGAUAUUGCUUUAAGCAAUCCCUCAUUGUCACCAACCAGUGAAAGUAAAGCAAAAAACAAACACAAAA